UCCUGUCUUGACCAGACAAGCAUUAUGUGUCAAAAAUAAAUCGAAGUGAUUUCCAAACAAUGCGAUGAGUGUCCGGUCAGGCUUUAACCUUACACCGAUAGGAUAUCCAGUGAUAAGAAGAGAAGUGAAGAAAGAAGAUGCUGUUCUGAUAUCCAGGGUAUUCAUGACCAAUGACACAGAUAACAAGGGCUUCUUGUCAAGAGCAGACCUCAAAGUGGCAGUUGUAGAGCUGCUUGGUUAUAAACCAACGAAGUAUGAGGCAGACCAGAUGUUACGAGACUAUGGGGAUAAUGUCAGUGAAACUCUGCGAGGUCUGAGGGAAGAGCAGUUCGUGGCCUGCAUGAGUGAGAAGAUGGCUGGACUGGAUGAGGAUGACGAGAUCAGACACACCUUCAUGGCAUUCGACAUGCAUUGUCGAGGCUUCCUGACUUUGGAUGAUGUGAAGAAAGUGUUUGCGAGCCACGCUCCCCAUGUUCCUGUACCAACUAUACACUCGGCGUUCAGAGAAGUUGACCAGGAUGGCGACGGGCGUGUCAGUUUCCGCGACUUCCAGUUUCUCAUGAAGUACAGCCUCGAUGACCACAUCUAACCGCAUGUGUAGUUGUGCACCAGGAACAAUUAGUGCCAAUAGCAUAUUCAUAAGGGACAUCAAAUAGCUGGCGAUUUCCAACGGAUGGGGAUUUCGCAGAUGUCCUUGGAUAUAAUUUGAUCUGAAUAAAGUAUCAGAGACUCCGGUUUUUUAAAUGUUCUGCAUUCCAUUACGUUGUUUUAUAUGUCAGUAGAAAGUAUGUUAUACAUGAGAAGUUAAAAGAAAAACAACAACAUUCGAUCUACAUACUGUCUCUCAAACACAUACGCAUUUCUUAUAGUGGUGUGUGUUGUUGUGUUGCAUGCUACGCAUUUCUUAUAGUGGUGUGUGUUGUUGUGUUGCAUGCUACGCAUUUCUUAUAGUGGUGUGUGUUGUUGUGUUGCAUGCUUUUAUUUCAUACAGAAUACAAUAUUUUGUUGUUACCAACUAAUCAGUGUUAGGGGAUCUAAUUACACGUGUUUGAUCAUUGAUCAAGUAUUAGUUUACAUAGUUCAAUGGAAUCCACCUUUGCCAAUUCAUAUCCAGCUGCACACCCUUGCUUCAUUCUGGCCUGAGAAAGUUUAAAUUGUGAUGUGUGUUUUCAAGGCCAGUUUGUAUUGCGACGGACGAUCUUUUUUCCGACUAGAGAAGUGCAGUACUGUCAGUACUUUUUAUGUUAUACAUGUAUGUAUUAAUAGUGAUUUAUUUAAGUUCUGUGAUAAAAUGGUCUUGUUCAUUUAAGACGAUUAUGACAUUUUUUUAAUAAACAUGUAAUUAGCGAA